AUGUCCACAGCCUUCGAUUACGACGCGAAUCUCGCAAAAGUUUUGAAUGAUCCCGAACGACUUAGACGGAGAUACGAUCCAUAUGAAGAUCCCGACAAUUACACUACUGGAGAGACAGAACUUUUCACACCCAUAGAAUAUCUCGAACGCGGUCACGCCGUUCUUGAAGCUAACAGAGUCGCUAUCAAUAAUACUCCUCACCAAGAUGUUGCAUAUCCCGACUGGAACAUCCGAUAUGGCAUGACAACGGCUUUCACGGAGCUUGGAAUUGAGCAUGAAGGUGAUUACUGGUCUAGAUACAGUCUCUCUUCCAAAGAAGUUGGGAAUCCGGCGAAUAGGGAAAAGUAUCAAGAUCUUCGUACUAACAAUGUAGCUGAAAUCUAUGCAUCUCCGAAAUUUGGGACUAUUUUCACUACGAACCAGUGGGCAGAUGCAGAUUUUGACAUUCCAGAUGUGUAUACGCCCCGUCUCUGGAAUAGCGAGCUCUUAUUUCAAACGUGGCGCGAUACAUGCUAUACGUAUGUUGCCCCGACUGGGGGGGAUGUAGAAAUUCUGCACCCUUUACAGAUGCAAAAACUCAAGUAUGUCAUCAUUGCCCCGAUCUCCAAUAACGGAACCUAUACAACGAUUUGUGAUGCACUCGAAAUCAAAGGACUUUCAAUCGAGGAGAACGAAUUCAAUGGGGUUACUUUCUCAUGCAACGACAUCUCCACAGCGAGUGCUGAGUUUGCGAUGUUGAUGGGAACUACCAACGCAAGACCAGUCGCUAGAAUGCUUACUGAUCAUGUAAAGAGCUUAGGUGCGAAACGAGUUGUAAAAAUUCAUGCUUGGUUAUCCAUGCCCCAGUUCGGGUGUCCAAUGUUGGUUUUUGAAUUAGCGGGCGAAGAUCCUCCAGCUACCGCUCCCGCUCCUACUCCUGUUCCUGCUCCUGCUCCCAAAAAGAUCGGCAGAAAAAUCAGUACCAAGGUACAAAACUUGAUGAAGAAGUUUCAAGGCUGA